AUGCAGCCCGGGUUCCUCCUGUGCGUAACGGUCCUCUCCUCCUCCUGGCUGCUCUCCGACGCGCGGGUCGUGGUCCGGCGUUUCGCCCUCAGCUGUCCCGAGACCUGCGACCGGUCCCGGUGCCCCCAGGUCCCGGCGGACUGCCUGGCCGGGGACGUGCUGGACCGCUGCGGCUGCUGCCCGGAGUGCGCGUCCGGAGAGGGCGAGCCGUGCGGCGGCUCCGAGGAGCCGGACUGCGCCGAAGGGAUGGAGUGCGUGCUGGGCGGCGGCCCGGGGGCGUCCGCCACCGUCAGGAAGAGGGCCAGGACCGGCGUGUGCGCGUGCAGCAGCUCGGAACCGGUGUGCGGCAGCGACGGGGUCUCCUACCGGAACAUCUGCGAGCUGAAGCGGGUCAGUAACCGGGCCGCCAAGCUGCAGCAGCCGCCCGUCAUCUUCAUCCAGAGGGGAGCGUGCGGCGCAGGUCAGCAGAACCCCAACAGCCUUCGAUACAAGUACAACUUCAUUGCUGAUGUGGUGGAGAAAAUCGCUCCUGCUGUUGUUCAUAUUGAACUGUUCCGCAAGAUGGUAUUUUCUAAGCGGGAGAUGGCCGUCGCCAGCGGCUCUGGGUUUGUUGUGUCUGAGGACGGACUGAUCGUCACCAAUGCCCACGUGGUGGCCAAUAAACACAGAGUGAAGGUGGAGCUGAAGAGCGGCGCCACAUAUGACGCCAAGAUCAAGGAUAUUGACGAGAAGGCAGACAUUGCUCUCAUCAAAAUUGAUGUACCGAUGAAGCUGCCGGUUCUGCUUCUGGGUCGGUCCGCAGAUCUACGUCCCGGAGAGUUUGUGGUGGCCAUCGGCAGCCCAUUCUCCCUGCAGAACACCGUCACCACUGGCAUCGUCAGCACCACCCAGAGGGGGGGCAAAGAACUGGGCCUCCGGAACUCUGACAUGGACUACAUCCAGACGGACGCCAUCAUCAAUUACGGCAACUCAGGAGGACCAUUAGUCAAUCUGGACGGGGAGGUGAUCGGCAUCAACACUCUAAAGGUCACCGCAGGAAUCUCCUUCGCCAUCCCCUCAGACAAGAUCCAACAGUUCCUGGCAGAGUCAUAUGACCGGCAGGCCAAAGGUAAAACGUCACCGAUGAAGAAAUACAUGGGUGUCAGGAUGAUGAGCCUCACUCCAACGCUGGCGAAGGAUCUGAAGGAGAGGCAGUCGGAUUUCCCUGAUCUCACUUCAGGAGCGUACGUCAUCGAGGUCAUCAGCCGAACUCCAGCCGAGGCAGCUGGUCUAAAGGAGGGUGAUGUCAUCAUCAGCAUCAACAGCGAAGUCAUCACCUCGGCCAGCGAUGUCAGCGCCGCAAUUAAGCGUGACGACAAGCUGCGUACAGUGGUGAGGCGAGGCAACGAAGACAUCAUCCUCACGAUCGUCCCCGAGGAGAUUGACCCUUGA